AUGACCCUUCGCAGUGUGCUGCAUAAACUGGAGGCUGACGGUCACGUGGAUGUGACACUUGGAGGGCACACUUUCGUUCGCCCACCGAGCGUGGCAAACGGACAGCAAAAGGACUUCUUCCGCAUCACAAAGACUUCGGAAUUGUGCUGGAGGCCGAAUGGCAUGCAAAUCAAGAGUGCGAAGAUGAACAACAUCAUGUCCAUGUAUGUCGUUCUGGUGAUCGACAAUGCACUUGACGAGGGCGACGUGGAGCUCGACAACGGGCCGUCAACGCCGCUGCAGUCCAACGAAAUCCUUGAUUAUGGGGUCCACCACCGGUGGUUCCCCAAGGUCAAGGAGCUUUUGGCGAAGCGGCAGGGCGCGGGCCAGGGGACCACCACGGUCCGGUUUUUCGAGGCAGGCGGCUGGAGGCUCCAGUUCGGUGGUUGGGGUGGUACCAGUGGCGACGUGGCGGGCAGUACCAAAAAAGGUAUGGCCCCCGCUGCACAUGGCGGCUGCAAGGUUCCCACUGUAUUGUGUCUACGGGGGAAUCCGUGCGGCAGAUGCAUUCUGCUUCGGCACAAACAGGGUUUUAUAGCCACUGGAACCUCCUGGUGUGGCGCAGCUUUGCGAUAG